GGCGGAAAGGAGGGGGUGGGGCCGGUAAAGAGACUGUGAAAGCAUUCCAGAGUAGUGAGAGAGACCCGAGAUCCAGAAAGAGAGAAGGCACCGCCCCCACCCCGCCUCCAAAGCUAACCCGCGGGCUGGAGUGGAAGAGGCCGUCCGCACACGACUACACACUCGGUCUACCCUGGCCCUACUCUCCCGCUGCCAUGGGGCCCCGCACGCUGCUCCUCAUCUUGUUCCUUUUGUCAUGGUCGGGACCCCUUCUAGGGCAGCAGCACCACCUUGUGGAGUACAUGGAACGCCGACUAGCUGCUUUAGAGGAACGGCUGGCCCAGUGCCAGGACCAGAGUAGUCGGCACGCCGCUGAGCUGCGGGACUUCAAGAACAAGAUGCUGCCGCUGCUGGAGGUGGCUGAGAAGGAGCGAGAGGCGCUCAGAACUGAGGCUGACACCAUCUUGGGGAGAGUGGACCGUCUAGAGCGGGAGGUGGACUAUCUGGAGACCCAGAACCCAGCCCUACCCUGUGUAGAGGUUGAUGAGAAGGUGACCGGAGGCCCUGGGACCAAAGGCAAGGGCAGAAGAAAUGAGAAGUACGAUAUGGUGACCGACUGUGGCUACACAAUCUCUCAGGUGAGAUCAAUGAAGAUCCUGAAGCGGUUCGGUGGCCCAGCUGGUCUAUGGACCAAGGAUCCACUGGGGCCAGCAGAGAAGAUCUACGUGUUAGAUGGGACCCAGAAUGACACAGCCUUUGUCUUCCCAAGGCUGCGUGACUUCACCCUUGCCAUGGCUGCCCGCAAAGCUUCCCGAGUCCGGGUGCCCUUCCCCUGGGUAGGCACGGGCCAGCUGGUAUAUGGUGGCUUUCUUUAUUAUGCCCGGAGGCCCCCCGGAGGACCUGGAGGGGGCAGUGAGUUGGAGAACACUUUGCAGCUCAUCAAAUUCCACCUGGCAAACCGAACAGUGGCGGACAGUUCAGUCUUCCCAGCAGAGGGUCUGAUCCCCCCGUACACGCUGACAGCAGACACGUACAUAGACCUGGCUGCUGACGAGGAGGGCCUUUGGGCUGUCUAUGCCACCCGGGAGGAUGACAGGCACCUGUGUCUGGCCAAGUUAGACCCACAGACGCUGGACACAGAGCAGCAGUGGGACACACCAUGUCCGAGAGAGAAUGCGGAGGCGGCCUUUGUCAUCUGUGGGACCCUGUACGUCGUCUAUAAUACCCGCCCUGCCAGUCGGGCCCGCAUCCAGUGCUCCUUUGAUGCCAGCGGCACCCUGACCCCUGAAAGGGCAGCACUCCCUUAUUUUCCCCGCCGAUAUGGUGCCCACGCCAGCCUCCGCUAUAACCCCCGAGAGCGCCAGCUCUACGCCUGGGAUGACGGCUACCAGAUUGUCUAUAAGCUGGAGUUGAGGAAGAAAGAGGAAGAAGUUUGAGGGCGCUAGUCUUGUUUUUUGAAUCCCUUUCCCCCUCCAGACAUUUAUAUUCCGACUGAAUUUCCUGCUCAUUCUCCAAAUGUGGGCAAGUUGUGAUUCAAAUCUCGUAUUUUUAGCCAAUGGAAGCCAAAUUCUCAUUGUCCCUUCAUUUCACAUGGGACUCCAGAUCUUGAGGUAUCCUUUUAGAGCUAAAAGAGAGAAAGCCCUAAAUGUUCACUCCUCGUCUGCCCCAUGUCGACAGAUUUCAGGCCAGUGAAAGACGACCCAGUGCCAGAGCUCUGACCCUUAUAUGUAUGAGGGUGACCCCAGUGAACAGGCAACAGAAUAUUUCUUGCCUCAGUGUGAGUCAGGGGAGAGAGGGCUAGGAGGAGAUUUUCAAUUCUGCCCUCUCCCUUCUCCCUUCAGUGCCCUAGAGAAUGGGACUCGUUCUGUACUGCAGCAUUUUGCAUUAAAAGGAAAAUCCACUGCU